AUGAAUAAUAUUAUCGAAUUUAUAAAAAAAAAUGGGAAUCCAUUUGAAACUCUUGAACUCGACAUGACAGCAGAUAAAAAAGAGAUAAAAUCUUAAUAUAAAGAUUUGGCUAGAAAAUAUCAUCCUGAUAAGAAUUUAAAUACUAAGGAGAUUUUCAUAAAGAUUUAAAAAGCAUAUGAGUUCAUUGUGAAUAAUUUGGCAGACAUCCAUAAAUAUGUAGAGCACUAGAAAUUCAGACAACAAGAAAAUAGCAAAAUGAGCAACGAAUAGAAAUAAUAUGCAGAGGAUUUAAAGAGAAGAGAAUAAUUUGCUGAGAAACAGAGAUAAUAGGAUGAGGUAGUAAAGUAAAUGAAAGUUAAUGAAGAAAUGACUAGACUUGAAGAAUAGAGAAAAUUUGAGGAGAAUGAAAAGAAAUAGAAACAAGAGAAAUUAAUUUAAUUUGAGUUGCAAAAUCAAGAUCUGUAUAAGAGAUUAAAUACUAUAAAGAUCAAGUGGGCAAAGGAUUAGUUAUAUACUUCUGAUUUGUUAAGUCUAUUAUUUAAAAACUAUGGAGCUAUUCAGGAGAUUAAAAUUAAGGAUAAUAAGAGAAAAGCAACUAUCACUUUCCAUACAACUGAAGCAGCAAGUAAUGCAGUGAUUCAAUCUAAUAGUGGAUUUUUGAAGGUUAAGCACUUUAUGAAGGAGGAAAAGAGGUAGUAAGUUUAGAAGCAAUUGCAAACAGAAAAGGAGCAAAUCAAUAGGAAUGAUCAAAAUGUCUAUAAUCUCAGUACUGAUACUUUGAAUAGAAUUUCUCAUUUUUACAAUAAAGAUUCCAAGAUAAAGGAGGGGUUGGACGAACUUAAAAGAGAGCAGGAGAGAUUAAAAUUAAUAAAUUAGAUCUAUGAAGAGGAACUAAAUAAAUGAGUGUGAGUGUGUGUUUUGAUUAAUGUAAUUUUAUC